GGCGGUGGAAGCAGGUUCGCGCGUUGUUGUCGUUCUUUCGGCAGGCUCGCGCGUUGCACACGCUGCACACACGCUGUGUGUACGACGAGUGAACUUUACCAAAACGACUCUUGUUUGUUUUGCCUGCCAUCGAUCACUAAUUGCAUUCGAUAAAUAAUAAACUUUGUUGCGCCUCAUCGGUUCGCGUUGUUGCUGUUAUUAUGACGAUAUGGUCCUACGAAUUGGACUGAAAUUGAUUCGCCUGCGGAUUGGAGUUUGGAGUUUUCUGGAAUAAAAACACACACAAAGUCGAUUGUUCUUCUCGACGGAUGGGUGGAGAAGGCUCGUUAUAAAAGUGCAGUGAUGCGGUAAUGUGCUCCAAAUGUUAUAGCGCUUUUCGGAUUAUUCUGCAACAUUAAGAUGACUUGAAGGUGCAACUGACAGAAUGUUUCCUCGCGUGGUGCUCCACGUGUGCCUGCUAGUCGUGCACACGCUGGCCGUUGAUCCAUCACAAUGCAUUGCCCCGCUUGGAAUGGAAAACGGGCAGAUCCGGGACGAUGACAUCACUGCCAGUUCGUCCUUCGAUAGCGGCAAUGUCGGUCCACAUCAAGGACGCGUGCGUACGGAGAAAAACGGCGGUGCAUGGUGCCCACAGAAUCAGGCAACACAGGAGCCCAACGAAUGGAUUCAGAUCGAUCUGAAAUCUACGCACAUGAUAACAGCCGCUGGGACACAAGGACGCUUUGGGAAUGGACAGGGUGCCGAAUUUGCAGAGGCUUAUACUCUGGACUAUUGGCGGCCUAAACUGAACAAGUGGAUACAAUAUCGGGCACAAAAUGGUGAAGAGGUGAUUAAUGGUAACAUGAAUACUUAUCUAGAGAAGAAGAAUCAACUGUAUCCACCAAUUUGGGCGAGCAAGAUACGCUUCUAUCCGUAUAGUUUUCAUAAACGAACGGUGUGCAUGCGCGUAGAGCUCUACGGUUGUCGAUGGACGGACGGAAUCGUAAGCUAUUCGAUGCCGCAAGGGGACAAACGUGGCCAGAAUUGGGAAUUCUACGACUUUGGGUACGACGGCCACUGGGAUGGCCACGAACUCAAGCACGGUCUCGGCCAGCUCAUCGAUGGCAAGUUUGGUCAGGACGACUUUAAGAUGGACUUCCACGACGAUAAGCAGGCGUGGAUCGGGUGGAAAAACGACAGUCGCAACUCGAAGCCCAUCGAAAUUAAGUUCGAGUUCGACCGCGUCCGUGAAUUCUCCAGCGUGCACAUCUAUUGCAACAAUUUGUUUACAAAAGAAGUGCAAGUCUUCUCUGUGGCUAAAGUGCUCUUCAGUGUAGGUGGGAAAAGAUUCAAUAAGGGUGAGCCCAUCACAUACGAAUAUGUGGAGGAUAGAAUAUUUGAAAGCGCCAGGAAUAUUACCAUCAAAUUGCAUCAUCGGGUUGGAAAGUAUGUAAAACUGCAGUUUUAUUUCGCCGCCAAAUGGUUGAUGAUAAGUGAGAUUACUUUUGAUUCCGUUGUGGCUCAUGGUAACUUCACUGUGGAGCCGGAACCUACCACACCACCACCAGUGAGACACCAAGAUAGGAAUUUCAAUAAGGACAAAAUAGAGAUUCCAAUUCCGGAAUACAAUCACACAUUGAACGAUCCGGCGUAUUUGACAUUCAUUGUGAUAGGUCUUAUUUUGCUAAUUGUGUUUCUGGUGGGCGCAAUAUUUCUGAUCAUGAAUCGCUAUAAGAACCGCAAGUUUAAUCGCAGUCCGAAUUCUUCUAAUCAUGACUUUCCCAAUAACACAUUGUCGCAACUUCAGCCACAGUCUGUUCUCGGCGUUAGUGAGAAGGGCAGCGGCCAUAUUGAAGCUUAUGGCGUCACCGAGAUUAACGAUAUCGAUUCCAGGCGAAGCCAUGGUACGCUCCAAUCAAGUUUACGUUCAACGCUGCCGUUGCCACAUUCGGGCCUGGAGCAGAUGUGCGAGACCAACGUGUAUCAAGAACCAUAUCAAGCGCGCAUCGGUUCUUAUUAUAGUUAUAGUACGGUAGUUAUGGAAAUGCAGAACACGUUGAGCUCCAAGAAGACGUAUGGAUUCACACCCACAGAUGCCUAUGACUAUGCGAUACCGGAAGCCGGAACGCUCCCGCUUCUUGGUGGUAAUGGAAGCAGCGGGAGUAAUGCGGGAAGUGUUAAAGGUGCUGCGGAGCGAGGCAUAUUGCGAAAUGGAAGAAAUAGUGUUACGAACGGAACAAGAAUAUCUAGGAAUAGUCAUAAUGGCUCACCAACUCAGCAGGAAGCCUUGAACGCCUUAAAGAGAAGACUGGAAGAAACUGUAAUUCCAGAAUUUCCCAGACACAGGCUUCGAAUGUUGUCAAAGUUAUCAGAAGGAGCUUUUGGAACAGUGUACAUAGCACAAGCAGACGGAAUCCCCGAAUAUAAUUCGGAUCUGUCUUUGGGCACUAGAUUGGUAGCCAUUAAAUUCUUGGGAGAGAAUUCUUCGGACAAAGAAAGGGGGGACUUCUACAGAGAUGUUAGAAUUCUGUCAGCAUUAGAGGACCAAAAUAUUGCCCGCGUGUUGGGCAUUUGCAGCGUGGAUGACCCGCUUUGCGUUGUCAUGGAGUACUUGGACCACGGCGAUCUGUGUCAAUUCCUGAAGACGCACGUGGCCGCCGACAGCACCAAUUUGAACACGUAUGGCGUCAAAUCGCUAUCGUUCAACUGCCUUCUGUACAUGGGUACGCAGAUCUCGUCGGGCAUGCGGUACCUGGAAAGUUUGAACUUUGUGCAUCGAGAUUUAGCGACGCGCAAUUGUCUCGUCGGCAAGGCGUACCAAAUAAAAAUCUGCGAUUUUGGUACCUAUAACGAACUUUACGCCAAUGACUACUACAAGGUCGACGGAAACACUCCGGUGCCAAUUCGCUGGAUGGCCUGGGAGAGCGUCUACCAAGUCAAGUACACGACCAAGAGCGACGUGUGGUCAUUCGCCGUCACGCUCUGGGAGAUAUUGACGUUGUGCAGACGGCAGGCAUAUUACGAGCUGAGCGAUCCGCUGGUGAUGGAGAAUUUAGCGCACAUGCAUUGUGAUGAUGGCCAGUAUCUUUACCUACCGCACCCCAUGGCACCUAAAGACAUUUACAACCUUAUGCUUGAGUGUUGGCGGCGCAACGACUGCGAUCGGCCGUCGUUUAGGGAAAUCAAUCUGUUCUUACAGCGAAAGAAUCUGGGCUACGCACCAACUUCAUAGUGUUCUCGGCCGGAGCCGCGGUACUAAUUACAAACGACAAUUAAAUAUUAGGAAAGACUGUUUUGCAGCGCGUAAUACUUAUUAUUAGGAGCUGAUGGAUGAUUUUUAGAGGGAACAAAAAAAUAGAACGUAAAUGUUUUAUGUACAUAGAACACAGGGUGAUAUAAUUAUUUAUACUUGACAAUUAAGAUGAUGGAAGCAAUGUAACAAAUUACAACACAUAUAUGAAGCUGCACGUACUCGAUUUUCCAAAUCAGGUGGUACCGAGUACUUCUUGGCACUUAUGGAACUAUAUUUACCUAAAUCGAAACUUAUUUAUUUUCACUAAUAACUAUUGAUAAAUCGACACAAAACAAUGAAACGCUUUUUGACCUUUUUGCUAUCGUACUAUUUGAACCAUCGUGGACAUGACAUUUGACUCAACGUAAUCAGAAACGAAGUGAACAAUUGAAUAGUGAUAUGUAUUCUAGAAUGCUUGUGUAAUACUUCUUCCAACUUUGAUGUGUCUUGGAGAGGAGUACUAGUUUUCCUUGUGUUCAAAACGAUGUACUGAUUGUAUCCGCAAUGCUACGAGACUAACAAGAGAUUAAAACACAACUAGGUACCAAAGAAAACGUCUCGUUGAAUCAGUGACAUUCCCAAAUGUAAUCAUGCACACCAAAUCAACUUUUAUAAUAAAAUGUGCGCUAUAUGAAGAUGAAAAACAAUAUUUAUAAAUGCUAUAAGUAAAUGAAGCUAAAGAAAUGGUAAACGAUAUAUUUAGAACGAGUACUCUUGAUAUUUGAUAUAGCUUGCUUUAACCAUUUGUUACUUGAUCACACUAAUUGCACAAUAAUUCGAUGACAAUGUAAAAUUAAUGACUAGCUAUAACGAUACGUAUAUAAAAAAAAACGAAAUGAUAUAAUAUAAAUAACGAUAUUCGUGUUAUUACCUAUUAUUAUUAUUAUAAUUAUUAUUGAUUAUUAUUAAUUAAUGUAUAUUUACUAGUCAAUUGAUUCGCGCGCCUAUGAAUAUUUAAGCAACAAACAUUUACAAAGAUACGCAAACAAAUUCGAAUUAUGUAAUAAUGAAAACUUGUGGAUGUGAGUGGAUUUGAAACUGCGAAUAUUUUCUACUAUAUCUCUUGGUGCAAAUAAUGAACAUUCUAAAAAUUUCUGAAAUCACAACUGUGCGUGAUUGCAAAUCAAUGUAAAAUGUUAUGUACGAACAAAUUACUCUCAUCACAUUCUGAAUUCACAAUAAGUUUUGAUCAAACACAUCUCACCAUCACAUGAAUGUAUAUGUAAGUCACAACCAUUUUUCUUUUACGAGUGCCAAUUAUUCAUACCGAUCAUUUCAUGUAGUUGCAAUUGAUAUGCAUUCCAUUUAAUUCUUAUUAUUCUUAUGUCUAUUGUAUACCACAUAAAAUGUGUAAUUUAUAACUUUUUAACGAUAUAGAGAAUACACGUGGCACGACUUACAUUACUGCAAUAAUUAAUUACGAAUUUAAAUGAUUGAUAUUGAUUGAGAAACAACCGGAACACAGAAUGGAGUUGUACGAAAAGUGUUACUUGCUAUUUUGUAAAUUUGGUGCGUUAAAAUGCAGAUGAAACACAGAAUCGGAAGUAAUAAAAAUGUGAAUAACAUAUCAAGAUUAAUAAAAAGGCAUUAAUAAAA